GAGCUCUGAGUUUCAGAACAAGCAAGGGAAGAAGAAAUGGUGGGCAUGGGAGGACGCAAGAUGGCCAGAGAUGAAGAGAAUGCCUACGGUUCCCAGGACCCGGACGACCAGCAGCAGCCGCUCGCGCAGGAGCGCAGGCUCAGACUCAUCCUGGCCGGCAGGACCGGAGUGGGCAAGAGCGCCACGGGCAACAGCAUCCUGGGCCACAGGCUCUUCCCGUCCAGGCUCGCGGCCACCCCGGUGACCAGAAGCUGCGCCCUGGGGAGCCGGAGCUGGGCCGGGUGGCGCGUGGAGGUCACCGACACCCCCGACCUCUUCACCGCCCAAGGCCGGCACGCGGACCCGGACUGCACCGAGCGGGCCACCUGCUACCUGCUCUCGGCGCCCGGGCCGCACGCGCUGCUGCUGGUCACGCAGCUGGGCCGCUUCACCGCCCAGGACGAGGAGGCUGCGCGCGGCGUCCGCGAGCUGUUCGGCGCCGGCGUCCUGGCGCGCGCCGUGCUCGUCUUCACGCGCCGGGAGGACCUGGAGGGGGGCUCGCUGCACGACUACGUGCGCGCCACCGACAACCGCGCGCUGCGGGCCCUGGUGGCCGAGUGCGGCGGCCGCGUGUGCGCCCUGGACAACCGGGCGGCGGGCGCCGAGCGCGAUGCGCAGGUGGGCGAGCUGCUGGCGCUGGUGGAGCGGCUGGCGCUGGAGCACGACGGCGCGCCCUUCACCGACGACGUGUACGGCCUGGCCUGGGCCCGGCGCCACGCGCGUCCCGAGGACACGCUCCGCCUGGUGGCCGCGCGGCUGGCGGCCCGCGGUUACAGCCUCUCCCAGGAACAAGAUGUGGUGCCACAGCGACCUUCGGAAAGGAUCAGCACAGUCCCAAGCAGGGGGUGGGUCAUGCAGUGGAAACAAUGCCAAGGCACCCUUCGCUGGCCCACCUGGCCCAUGUCCUGUCCCUUUAAAUCGGCACCACUGGGCCCUCCCUCCCUGGGCUCUGAGACUUCCUCCCUGUGCUGUGCUGGCAGGAACAGCCUCUGUACUCACAACCCAAGGCACAGCACCAGGUCGCGGGUUUCUGCAGCCAACAGCAGAGCCUGUCACCACUUCGGCUCGAAGGUGGGCAUGGGAGGACGCAAGAUGGCCAGAGAUGAAGAGAAUGCCUAUGGUUCCGAAGACUCGGAAGACCAGCAGCCGCUCGCGCAGGAGCGCAGGCUCAGGCUCAUCCUGGCCGGCAGGACCGGAGUGGGCAAGAGCGCCACGGGCAACAGCAUCCUGGGCCACAGGCUCUUCCCGUCCAGGCUCGCGGCCACCCCGGUGACCAGAAGCUGCGCCCUGGGGAGCCGGAGCUGGGCCGGGUGGCGCGUGGAGGUCACCGACACCCCCGACCUCUUCACCGCCCGAGGCCGGCACGCGGACCCGGACUGCACCGAGCGGGCCAACUGCUACCUGCUCUCGGCGCCCGGGCCGCACGCGCUGCUGCUGGUCACGCAGCUGGGCCGCUUCACCGCCCAGGACGAGGAGGCUGCGCGCGGCGUCCGCGAGCUGUUCGGCGCCGGCGUCCUGGCGCGCGCCGUGCUCGUCUUCACGCGCCGGGAGGACCUGGAGGGGGGCUCGCUGCACGACUACGUGCGCGCCACCGACAACCGCGCGCUGCGGGCCCUGGUGGCCGAGUGCGGCGGCCGCGUGUGCGCCCUGGACAACCGGGCGGCGGGCGCCGAGCGCGAUGCGCAGGUGGGCGAGCUGCUGGCGCUGGUGGAGCGGCUGGCGCUGGAGCACGACGGCGCGCCCUUCACCGACGACGUGUACGGCCUGGCGUGGGCCCGGCGCCACGCGCGUCCCGAGGACACGCUCCGCCUGGUGGCCGCGCGGCUGGCGGCCCGCGGUCUGGGGCGGGGGUGGGGUAGGCAGUGGGGGCGGGGGCGGCGCUGGCUGGAGGCCGCGAAGCGGGGGUGGCCGCUGGCGCUCCUGCUGCUGGGGGGCGCACUGUUACUUGUCCUGCUGCUUCUCCAGCGGGGGGCUCCAGGCCCAGAUUGAAGGAGCUGCCCUUCCAAAUGCGGGGAGCCUGGAGGGUAAAGGGGCUGGGUCAAGGCGCUGAGGGGAACUUAAACCCAAUUUCAAAGGAAACCUGGAGUUUCAGACUGGGAGUCUUAAUGACUCAGGACGCCUUGGACACUGUAUCGACUUUGCAAAGGCUCAAGUUCACUUUUAGCAUUCAAAUGUCACUUUUGACUAUAUGUACACUAUUCAAAUAAAUGCGGUUAACUUUCAAAUGUCCUUAAUUCA